CCCAUAAAUCAAACUAAACCGAUACGGAUCCAACAAAGUAGCAUCCUCUACCAAUCUCUCGAUCUGGUGAGGGUUUAAGCAUCGAUGGCUCUCUCAGAGCUUCUUCACUAGGGAAAAUCAUCAUCAUCGGCGACUUUGUCAACGCUUCUUCUAACUCCAGAUUCUAGUCAGAAGCUGAGUUUUGUGACUUGAGAUGGCGACUACGGAGCAGAGCGGGAUAGAAAACCAGGAAGUCCAACCAAACCAAGUGGCUCCUGGUUUUGUAGGAGCAAUUGAAGAAAAGUACAAGAAACUGAGAGAUCACGCUGAAGCUUAUCCAUAUGUUUGGGGUUCUUACACUGUUGUCUACGGCGGUCUUUUCCUUUGGACUGCUUAUCGAUGGAGGAAGCUGAGGAGAACCGAGGAUCGAGUUCGUGGCCUUCAGACCAAACUUAGGAAACUCGUCCAAGACGAACAAGCUACUGCGGUAACAGCUUCUAAAUCUGCUCAAUCACUGGACAAGUCUUCUUCUGUUUCUGACAAGACAUCACUGCCUUGAUUAGUUACUAGUUUUAUAAUUAAACCCCCAUCCUCUCUGUUAGACUUAUGACGAGGUUAAAUCUGUUUUGUAACAGUGCUUUUGUUAUUUACUCGCAUAGGCUUUUUAUAUAAAGUCAAAUUCAUGUACAUGAAUGAAGAAGAGAAUGCGCUGAAAUGUUGAAGUGCGAAAAAAAUAAUGUUGAACCUUUAUCUUGA